AUGAAGACCACUCAAAGUAUCUUGAUCGUGUUGGCAGUGAGCUCAAAUGCAUGUUUGGCAUUCACUUCACCAACUGUUGGAAGAACCACCACUGCGGCUGGAGUUCGUCAAUCAUCAUCAUCAUCAUCACCAUCACCUUCCGGCACUCGUCUUUACGCCAACGACAACAAUCCAUUUUCCUUCUUGAGUGACAUUCUGCAACCCAAGGAAGCUGCCAAGGCUGUAGCGGCACCAAAAUUUGAGCCAGUUACCAUUGCUAACGACUUUCGAGUGGCCGGUGCUUUCUUGGCCGGAGGAUUGCUUUUGGACCAAAUUCCUUAUAUUCAACUAACCUUGGGUCCCCUCGUGACUUUGUUGGGAUUGCUCUUUUUGGUCCAAAGUUUCCGAAUUCGAUUCGUAUUCAACGAAAAUAACGAAUUGGAGCUGGUCAAUGUCAAGAAUAUUCUGACAGGAGAAAUGGAAGGUUCCGGGGAAAAUGUCGUGGUGGGCGGCGCCAAUGUAUGGGCCUGCGAUUCCAUUGUCAAUUACGACUUCUUUCCUGCCAUUGGUAGCAGUCCUGUCGGUCCCAUUUUGGUCUAUUUCAAAGAGACUCAAACAGAUUCACAAUUCUGGAAUGAUGGCCCAGGAGAAUUUGCCAAUAAGGAAGAAAAGAUACAAUCGGGAGAAGCAGUUCCGGGACAAGUCCACUUUUUCCCUGCGGUUUGCAAUUCUGAACAAAUCAAACAAGAAUUUGAAAAGCGUGGAUGCGCCAAGCUGUAG